AUGCCAACGAACGCUCCGACCAGCACCAACCCACCGUCCCACGACGCGGAUGAGACCAUGCGGCAGGCCGUUGAUCGGUUCCGCACACGCAUGGCAGCAGCCAACCGACAAUUCGUCCAGGACCGCAUCGAUGAGAUCGACGCCCGCGGACUCGCAACCGAGAAAGAAAGAAUUCGUAUGCUUCAGAGGUGGCGCCGUUUCGGAGACUUAGACCAAGACGAACCAGCCAGUAACAGCAACCCCGACGCACGCCACAUAAGCGACCGGUUCCGGCAGACGCGGGAGUUGGCAGCAGUUCCCGCGCUGCUGGAGGAGGACACACGCCCUCUGUUCGCCAUGGACGGGGUCCACCCGCCGCAGCUCCGCACGCCGGAAGCCCGCGACAUCUUUCUCGACACCCUGCAGGAAGUGUUCCAAAGGCAGGCGGACGAGUGGGCGGCCGCCGAGGGCGAGGAUGUAGCCUCGGAGCCGAUCCCGCGCUGUGAGGAGCUGGGCCGGCUGUUAACGUAUGCCCAUGAGGUGGAAGACCCGGACUUUCGCCACUCGGGCGUCGCCCCCUUCGAGGCGGGACUUUUGGUGCUGCACGGCCGGUAUGGAUCCCUUCCCUGUCUGGACACACAGGAGGAGCGGGACCAGUACCAUGCAUGUGUACGCCAGGAAUGUGCGUGGCUGCGGGCGAGAUUGGAGGGGAAGUACACGGACUUGGUCAACAAGGCCAUGUUCCUGGCCGACCCGGAUGAGGAUCUGGAGGUCCGAGCGGGCGUGAUUAUGGGCACCGGCUACCGGGGGGAGUACCCGAACUGGUACAGCGCGUACCUUUACUGCCGGAAGUAUCCAGACGAGGAUAUGGAAGGAAUCGAUUUCCGGGAUGAAGGUAUCCCCGACGCCCCCAACAUCCGGGAGUGGGGGUGGCGCGUCGUCUUUAUGGAGGCCGAGGUGUGCCGCGUCUUCGAGCCGCAUGUGCUCUAUGGACGAAAACCGCGCUUCGACUCGAUCCCCGAGUUUCUGGACUGGUAUGCGAGCUGGGCGGACAGCUUGGAUGCCCGCGGGGUGCUCAGUCUCCGCCGGCAUCUGGUGAAUUGUGAGACUGAUUGCGAGUCCGAUUGCGAGGAGCACUGUCCAUAG